CGAAACUCUCCAUUUUCAACUUGUAGGUCGUUUGGGUGUUCUUUCUUGUCGGUUGCCUCUUGUGAUAAUCGAUCCUAGGGGCCGUAAUAUUUUAUCACUCGUCCAGACAACGUUUAUUCAGAACAGAAACUCGCAAAAAAUCGAAGGCAUCAAGAAAAUGUUGACAUCAGCUUUGGCCUGUCAGUCAUUGCCACACUACUCUGAUUUUGAUACAACUUCAGAGAGUGGUCUUUCCGAUUUAUCAUACGUUCUUCCUUAUCGUCCGAAGAAAUCUUUAACCAGGAAUAAACCUGUGAAAGCUAGUCCUGGUGAAAUAAGGCUUGGAGCAAGGGCGAUGAGAAGAUACGAAAAUGAAGUUUAUUUAAAUACAUUAGCUGUGAUUACUGAAACCGAUGGAGAUAAUAUUGAUGAUUGUUGGCCUGAAAGUUUUAAUUAUUGUUCAACGUUUACUAAAUUACUAGAAGAUGAGAAUAUUCGAGCUGCUUGGGAUGCAUUUAUUCAGUUAUCUGAAAAAGAACAAGAGAAGCUUCUUGGUACACUUCGUGUAAAAAACAAAAUAAAUGAUGAUGAGAUGGCAGAUAGUGAUGAUUAUGAUAUUGAAGAUGAUAUAUCAUCAUAUUCUUCUGCUAUUUACCAUACCCCGUCUUCUUUAUCUCAUACAAAACGUCAUGUGAAACAUCGAUGUAGACGAUCUAAGCGUGAAGAGAGGAAGAAACGAUUUGAUGAUGUGAAUUCACUUCUACAAUCUAAUCUUAAUAUGUGUGUAUCUGUUCAACCAGAAGAUAAUAACAAUGUAACCAAAGAUAAUUUGCAUGAUUUAGAAAUAGAACGGCGUAUUCCUACUCGUGUAUUAUCGCUUGUAUCAGACUCUAUUCCUACAAACACGAUGACGAUGAACAAUUUAAAACACAAUCGAAAACGUUGUAAACGUCCACUUACUCCGACUGAUAUUUGUUUAAUGCAACGAGUUGAAGUUGAGUUGAGACAGCAUUUUUUCUCUCAAAUUAAUUCAAAUAGUAUUGUUGGUCGUUGGACACCAUCAUUAUCAUUGUUGUCACAAUCAAUGUCACCUUCAAUGACUAACAACUGUACGAAUAAUAAUAAGAAUUAUUAUUCACAUCCAGAUCUAUUGUGCUUGGAUCCAUUUCAAAGAUUAUUGGUUCAUUCAGUUGCUAGCUAUUUAGGGUUGAAUUCAUAUACUAUUCGAUCGGUCAUAAUCAGUGUACAUAGGAGCUGAGACAAAAAGAUGCGUGUUCUGGUUCCAGUUUCCACACAGACAGAUCAAACGAACGAGGGGAAUAGUCUAAAUGAUUUAAAAUCGUAGUAGUAUCAAUGAUGGUAAACAUAGAGAAUAUGUUACUUACGCUUUGUCUUCCCCACUAAGGAUUACAACUGACCAAUCUCUGUUAGUGUAUGUACAUUCUGAGUGAAUUGCCUUAAUAUUUCCAUUUAGUCAUUUGCUUUAGACGCAUAGUUGUUUAAAACGAAGGCCUCUAUGUUCGAGUUUGACACUGGAUAUCAACACUGUGAUGUUUUUUCCUACGUUCAGCUAACAAGUUCCGAGUAGGACAAAAUGCUACGUGUCCCAAAUCCCCACUCUUAGCCAUCAUCAAAAUUUAAUAGAGAAUUUAAUUCGGAAAGUAAGUUCAGGUUCACUGGGUGACCGUUAGCACUUGUUAAUUUACAUCAUCUAUCAAUACGGCUCAAACCAUUGGUCAAUGAUGUCUAUUAUGUUUAAUAAUAUCCUAAAUAGCUAGUCUAUAACAUUAUUGCUUAAUGAUACUACAGAUACCGUUUACAAGUCUUUUUCUCAUGGUUGUCAACUUUAUUAAAAUGUAAUAAUUAAUACCAUCUGUUAAUUUGCUAUUUUAAAUUAGUUGGUAGGAAGUCCUAGUCAGUUUGUAGCGAUAAGUCAGUGAGCAAGGGGUUCGACUAUCAACCAAUAAGUUCUGGGUUCAAACCUUAUUCCACCAACUUCGUUCUGGGCAACUGAUAGUAUUACUAACCAUCAAACUUAUAUUAUGUUUCAUAACCAAUUACAUUUAUCUUUACCUAGGUAAUUAUCUCAAGUUUCGGGCCCAUUGUCGACAUUCAUUAAAAAGGUAUAUCUGCAAUCUUGAAGGUAGUGUUGCUCUCACUGGUAUUUUUCGAACCAACUUGCAUGGAAUCGGAGGUUGGAACUAGUUGUCUACAGAUUACCUCCAACCACAAUGUCCAAUCACUUGGUCAUAUGAUCUUGUUUCAACUUGAGCUGUAUCGUAAAAUCAACACUAAGAACUAGUCUAGACAAACAUAUUGGUUAUAAAUCAAUAAUCAAUAAAUGUAAUAUUAGCUUGCUGCUAAUCGUAAAUCUUUCAGCCAUACACUUAAAAAUAAUGAUUUAUGUACUGCAUAACUAUUAAAACCUCAGUAAGCGUAACGAGGUUGAAAUGCUUGACCAACUGACGACUAUCUUUAUCAUUAAACCUUAGCUUUAAUAGGCAAAUGAUAAAUUUGUUUAACUCUUUGUGUAUUCUUUGAUUAGUUGUAUA